GCGGAUCCCGGCCUUAAAAGCGCGGCUUCGACCCACUCACUGCCGGGCCUUCUGGACCCCGGGACAUGCAUCUGUGACCCAGACUGUGGAGCGGCACCGGCUACAGCUUUUUGGAACAUGCAUCCUUCACUGUUCCUGGCUGCCCUUUGCCUGGGAAUAGCCUCAGCGGCUCCACGUUUCAAUGAGAACUUAGAUGCGCGCUGGACCCGCUGGAAGGCGGCAAACGGGAAGCUAUAUAACAAGGAUGAAGAAGUAUGGAGGAGAGCAGUGUGGGAGAAGAAUAUGAAAAUGAUUGACCAGCACAAUGAGGAAUACAGCCAAGGGAAACACAGCUUCAUACUGGCAAUGAACGCCUUUGGUGACCUGACCAAUGAAGAAUUCAAGCAGGUGAUGAAUGGUCUUAAAAUCCAGAACCCAAGGGAGGGGAACAUGUUCCAACUACUUCCUUUCGCUGAGACCCCCUCAUCUGUGGACUGGAGAGAGAAAGGCUACGUAACCCCCGUGAAGGAUCAGGGUCAGUGUGGUUCCUGUUGGGCCUUUAGUGCAACUGGUGCCCUAGAAGGACAGAUGUUCCGGAAAACUGGCAAACUUGUGUCACUGAGUGAGCAGAACCUGGUGGACUGCUCUCGGGCUGAAGGCAAUGCGGGCUGCAAUGGUGGCCUGAUGGAUAACGCUUUCCGGUAUGUGAAGGACAACGGAGGCCUGGACUCAGAGGAAUCCUAUCCGUAUCUUGCACAGGAUGGACGCUGCAAAUACAAGCCCGAGCAAUCUGCCGCCAAUGACACUGGCUUCGCGGACAUCCAUCAGGAUGAGGAGUCCCUUAUGUUGUCGGUGGCAACGGUGGGGCCCAUCUCUGUUGCGAUCGAUGCAAGCCUGGACACCUUCCGGUUCUAUUAUAAGGGCAUUUAUUAUGAUCCAAACUGCAGCAGUGAAGACCUGGAUCACGGUGUUCUGGUGGUUGGCUAUGGCUCUGAUGAAAGAGAAGCGGAGAACAAAAAUUAUUGGAUUGUAAAGAACAGCUGGGGUACACAGUGGGGCAUGCAGGGCUACAUACUGAUGGCCAAGGACCGGGGCAACCACUGUGGAAUCGCCACCUCAGCCAGCUUUCCCAUUGUGUGAGAUGAUGGUGUAAAGAAGACCUUGACCGGGGACAGAAUAUGCAGAAGAGAAAUUUCAUCUUACAACUGAUCACACCUUAUUGUGUGGAAUAAAACACUCAGAUCCCUGCAGAUGCACCUUGCGACCUGAUUCUGUGACUUCUUGCUGCUUUGAACAGCUUUGUGUGGUUGACUUGUCUAAUAACUUUUGAAUUUUUAUAUCUUACACUGAUGUAUAAAGUUUCACCUUUUAAAAUAAAACCAUUUCAAAGUA